CUCUAGUAUCUUGGCYGGCCCAGCUGUUUGAACUGGCCACUGAAUGAACCAAACUUUGUCAACUUCUMUUCCAUUUUACAGACCAGCAUUUACUCAGACUCCGAAGUGUUCAUUUCCCYAGCACAGGGACACUGCUUGUCGUAGUGGAGGUAGAGGUUCUGUUCUAUGGGAGAAUCUCAGACAUUCUAGACUUAGACUUCUGUAGAGGUCUUUUGCUUCUUACACAGAGAAGCCCUGUUCUGAAGUGCCUCACUCAGAGGAGAGCUCCCCAUCUCAGCCUGUAGAGCUCAUCUGGAACUAGGAGGAGCUGCUGGCAAGGUGCCCAUUGCUGUGUAGGUUCCUGCGCGCAGGAUCUUGGUGAGCUGAACAGCAGUCAUGCCGCCUGCCAUGGGAGGACCCCAGGGGUACACCCCUCCAGAGGGGGGCUGGGGCUGGGCAGUAGUGGUGGGAGCCUUCAUCUCCAUCGGCUUCUCCUAUGCCUUUCCCAAGUCCAUAACCGUCUUCUUCAAGGAGAUUGAGGUCAUUUUCGACUGCACCAGCAGCCAGGUGUCAUGGAUCUCUUCCAUCAUGCUGGCAGUGAUGUACGCCGGAGGUCCUGUCAGCAGUAUCCUAGUUAAUAAGUAUGGGAGUCGUCCCGUCAUGAUGUGUGGAGGACUCCUGUCUGGCUGUGGACUGAUUGCUGCCUCCUUCUGCAACUCAGUGGAAGGACUUUACUUCUGUGUGGGAGUGGUCGGAGGUUUGGGACUGGCAUUCAAUCUGAACCCAGCCCUUACUAUGAUUGGGAAGUACUUCUACCAUAAGCGGCCCAUCGCCAAUGGAAUCGCCAUGGCGGGCAGCCCAGUGUUCCUAUCCACCCUGGCCCCUCUCAACAGCUGGUUCUUUGACCAGUUUGGUUGGAGGGGCAGCUUCCUGAUACUGGGAGGCCUGCUGUUCAACUGCUGCGUCGCUGGUUCUCUCAUGAGACCCAUCGGACCAAWACCACAGCCUGCCGUGAAAAGUGAAGAUGCUACCAAAGAGAGUACGACGUGUGGGCAGAAGUGCAACAGUUUUAUCGACCUCUCGCUGUUCAAACACCGGGGCUUCGUGCUCUACCUCAUGGGUAACGUCAUCAUGUUCUUUGGUCUCUUCUCCCCACUAGUGUUCCUUAGUAACUUUGCCAAGAGCAGGGACAUCCCCAAAGAGAARGCAGCCUUCCUGCUGUCURUCCUGGCCUUUGUGGACAUGGUGGCCCGGCCCUCCAUGGGCAUUGUGGCCAAUACAAAGUGGAUACGACCCAGGGUGCAGUACUUCUUUGCCUGCUCUGUGCUGUUGAACGGUGUGUGCCACGUCCUGGCGCCCAUCUCUGUGGACUACACAGGCUUCGUUAUCUAUGCCAUCUUCUUUGGCUUUGCCUUUGGCUGGCUGAGUGCAGUGCUGUUUGAGACGCUCAUGGACCUUGUGGGAACGCAGCGCUUCUCCAGUGCAGUGGGACUGGUCACCAUUGUGGAGUGUGGGCCUGUCUUGUUAGGUCCCCCUUUUUUAGGGAAAUUCAAAGACAUCUACAAUGACUACCAAUACACCUACCAGAGCUGUGGGGUGAUCCUUAUCAUUGCCAGUGUGUUCCUGUUUGUGGGGAUGGGUAUCAACUACCGGUUGUUGGACAAAGAGAAAAAAGAGGAGGAAAGGAAGGCUAAACUGGAGGGAAAAGAAGAAGAGUCCAACAGGGACAAUGCUACCAAAGAAGCCACCAAUGACAGGGUGAGAGCAGUUGACGAGACAAAAACUGAAGAAGAAAUAGUCUAACUUUCAUUGACAUCAAAUUCACGCAUUCACAUGGUAUCUCAAUACAGUCAUUGAGAUAAUGUAGACAUCAAAUUAAUUUGGUUCAAAUCUUAGACAGCAAUGUUCAUGUAAACAUAUUUCUUCACCAUUUCCACUUCUGUCAUUGAAUAAUGUAUUAUCAGCAUAAUAUGACUGUGUCAAGAUACAACUGCCCUGUCAAAAAAUACUAUAUUUUACRAAUCUGGAGUCCAGAUAGUACAUUUUCUGCAUAAGUGUUGUGAUAUAUUUUARAAUAUUAUUAUAUGCAGGUAAUUUCUAUGUCUACACUGUAUUUGGAAUUUCAGAAGUCCACCUCAAAUAACUACAAUGUACAGUAUUAUUAUGUGAAACACUUAAUGGAUAUACUAGUGCUUUUAGAAGGUUUAAUGAAUCACUGUAACAUUUUGUUCACACUGUCAUGAUGAAUGGUAGGUUUCUUUCAUCUCCGAAAGCAUUGUUACAUGAAUAAUCAGGCGUAGUCUCUUGAUAUUCACAGUUCUUCAAUACAUCUUCAAAACAAUUAUA